AACCCUAAAACAGCCACCAAUCCGACUCUCGUCCCUCCCCGACUCACCCCACUGCCCAGCCGCACGCGCCGCCGUGUGUUCGCGCUCUCUCCCACUGUGUCUGUGACGACUGGGUAGGCUACAGCCGCCGCCCGUCGCCAGGUGCCGAUCCCUUCGCCGACGAAGAGCAUCCACCAGAGAGAAAUCGACUUCACUAGAUCCGCACCUGGGCUGGAUGGUUUGACGCCAUGUAUGAUGUUUCGAUCGUUUCAGGCUCCGGCCAAGGGCGUGAUGGCGGCUGUAGGGAGCUUGCAGCCGGGGGUGGAGACUCUACAUGUGCAGGAUUACAAGGACGCGCCUCCAGCCAAGGCUGUGGCGGCCGCGGUAGAGAGCUUGCAGCCGGCGAUGGAGAGCCUACAUGUGCAGGAAUUCAAGGACGCGGCUCCGGCUAAGGGCGUUUCCGCCGCUGCUGUAGGGAGCUUGCAGCCGGGGAUGGAGAACCUGCAGGUGCAGGAUUACAAGGACGCUAGCAUGUAUUAUGGUGCUUACCCGGCUUAUCCCUAUGGAGCACCCUAUGGUGGCUGGGGGGAGUACUCCACAUACUUGAGCCAUGAUGGAGCACAGACACCAACUGCUGGCGCGUAUGCUGACAUGUACUAUGGCCAUGCUGCAUAUGGUCAUAUUUAUGGGUCUCAGAAUUACCAGUAUCCAUCGACCUACAGCAAGCAACAGAAUUCCACUGCCAAGCUGUCGUCCAAUGGUAAAAGUGAGAAAUUGGCUCCAGCUCCGGAAGGGGAUGUCUCCACUAUUGUUGUUGAUGAGGUGAAAGUCCUGAAAAAUCCAAACCCGACCCUGAAGGCAGACAGGAAUGCACCAGGUUCCAAUGGUUCAUAUGGCCGAUCUAGUGUGCGUUCUGGUAACUAUCAGAACCAGACUAGUUGGUCACACUAUCCAUAUUAUAGUAGUGAGAUGUUCUCUGACAAGCAGCAAAAGUUUACCAGCAAUCACAAUUCGACUGCUCCCAAUGAUAAAACCAAGGGGCAGUCGAGGAACCAAAACACGAGACAGUAUCCUCAUCUCAUGGGUCUGCAAACACCAACUUCCCCAUCAGUUUACUCAGCUAAUGGAAUAUAUCGGUAUGAUGGCAGCUAUGGACCUAGCCUUUGGUAUGGAUCACACAUGUAUAGUUCUGGGUUAUAUGGUGGAUGGAAUUCACUGUAUGAUGGGAAGUACAGAACCAGAGGAAGAUGUAAUAAUGGCUAUUAUGCUUAUGGUAAUGGAAGCCUUGAUGGCUUUAAUGAGCUGAAAAGAGGGCCAAGAAGUGGGAUGUACACAAACCAGCUGGGGCUUGGAGCUACUACUGAAGUACCAGCAAAAGAGCAGGACCUUCUGUCUGCUAAUGGUUCACAUCCUGCCAUGAAGGACCAGUAUAAUCGGGCUGACUUUGCGGAAACAUACUCAGACGCAAAAUUCUUCAUUAUCAAAUCAUACAGUGAAGACGAUGUUCACAAGAGCGUAAAGUACAAUGUGUGGGCUAGCACUCCAAAUGGUAAUAAGAAACUUGAUGCUGCCUAUCAAGAGGCUAAAGAAAAAUCAAGCGAAACUCCUGUUUUCCUUCUUUUCUCUGUGAAUGCAAGUGGCCAGUUUGUUGGGCUUGCUGAGAUGGUGGGUCGUGUUGAUUUUAACAAAACAGUAGAUCAUUGGCAACAGGACAAGUGGACUGGUUGUUUCCCUGUCAAGUGGCACAUUGUGAAGGAUGUUCCAAACAGUUUGCUGAAGCACAUCAUUCUCGAGAACAAUGAAAACAAGCCAGUGACAAACAGCAGAGAUACACAUGAGGUGAAGCUUGAGCAAGGCCUUCAAGUGCUUAAGGUUUUCAAGGAUCAUGUGUGCAAGACAUCUAUACUGGAUGACUUUGGCUUUUACGAUAAUCGUGAGAAGAUGAUGCAAUAUAGGAAAGCAAAGCAGCAGCAGUCACUGAAAAAGGUCAUCGAUGUGAAGGUGCCUAACGCCACUGACGCAGAUACAAGUCUCGUAGGAACUGGAUCAACGGAACUCACCAAUGUUGAGGCUGAUGUCUUGAACAAAGAGCUUUCAUUAGACAAAGCAGUAGAGAAAAACGAGGAGAAAGGAAAUGAUGUCGCCCCACAGGACCUGAAAUCAUCAGCUGAGAAGUCGGCAAGCCCAAAUGGCUGUUAAUUUUUUUUUUUUUGGUUAGCUCGGCCAUUGACAGUGGUAUGGGGCGGGAACCUGAGGCUGGGGGUUGUUUGAGGAAAUCCUGAGAUCCCAUUGAGCUUGUUUCUUGCCCUUGUUUUCUAUAGUUCAUAGAGGAUUAGUUAGUUGCUUGUGUGUUUGGGUGAUAGGUGAGGUCAGUGUCCUGGCAUGGCAGGUAUUUAGGAAUAGAAGGACGAUUAACUGGGGUUUACAAUGGUGGUUCAUGGGUUUGAGGUUGUGUUUCCAUCUAUUUGCCUUUCCCCUCUCUAUAUUCCAGUUCCUACCUCUCUAGAUUCUGGACAAACGUAGUGCUUAUUUAAUGCUGGCUGGUUUAAGAACCUGAAAUGGACAAAGGAAUCCAAUCAAGUGUUUACAAACUUCCUUCCCUGAUUACAUUAUGUGAAAACCGUCUACUCUCAAACUUGUACAGCUGUCUGCUAUCUGUUGUGAUCCGAACCACUAUGUUGAGAAGGGCCUGUUGUAUUUGCA